AUGGCCCGGACGCCAAAUCGACGGAAGGCGAAGACAAAGGGGCCCUGCCGAAGCUCGCAGGAGCAGCGGCCGGGGCAGGGGCAGGGGCAGGAGUCGCGCAAAGCCGUCGAGCACGAUCCUCUCUGCGAUCCACGAGUCUCGGCCAGGAAUACGACCUCGGCGUACGCACCGAAGCAAGAGGAAUUCGAGCAAUUCUGCCGCCACAAACAGUACUGUGACGGCGCUACGGUCACAGAGGAGAAGCUCCUCCUCUUCCUCGUCGAGGAGGUGGCCGGUCGGCCCUUGAAGGUCAGGAGCCGCAAGGCCGCCACUGAUACUCCGCAGGACGAGACCCGCCUGGCCUGGCGGUCGGUCCGAACUUAUGUCACCGCAAUCACGGAUCUUUACCGGACGCAGAAGGCCCUCGGAAUGAAUACGCACCCGUCGCCGCGCGAGGACAACGAGAACUAUGCCGAUAAAGGCCGCGAUACUCUGCUCGAUGGUUACUCGGAGUCCGAGUUCGAACGAGUAUGCCACGAGCUGUGGGCCCACAGCGGCACAUCGCCCGAGUGUCAUUUUCGGACCCUCGUGGAUCUCCUCUUUGGCCAUUAUCUUCUCACCCGUGGCGGCGAUCGUCGGGCUGCAGAGAUCUCAGACCUAUUCACCUUUGAGUUUGCCGGGGAGGGCUCGACCCGGUGCAUGCCGCUCAUCUUUACGACACGAGCCGGCAAGCAGAACCAGCACGGCCGCCUCGAGACCGCCGGCGCGUAUCGGAAUAGGAACCCGCUAAUCUGCAUCCUGGGUGGCCUCUCGUUCUACCUCUUGUAUCGUUGGGAUCUCGGUAGGAUUAGCGAAGACCAGAUCCGUCGCGCGGGUCGUUGGAACCAGGAGCAGAUGGUCGGCUGUUACCUGAACUCGUUGCCUCGCAAGUUCAUGCGUACGAUGGCCGGGCACCCGCCGCAGGCCGGAUGCUUCGAGAUACGCCGUGCCGGCGUGACGCCGCCGGAGGUCCUGCUCUCGAUGAUCUGGCCCGAGCCGGACAGUUGGCGAGGCCGGUUCGGUCCCGGUACCGAGCAGGAGAACGACCUGGCAGCGAUGGGUUCGACGAACCUCAUCUUCUAUUUACGGGAGGUUGUCUUGCAGGAUUCCGUUGUCCUGAUGAAGAAAUACCCCGGCAGCCCCGUUUGGAACCACCCGGUCUUCCGGCAUCCGGCCUACGCCCCGUUCGCGCACCAGCUAUCGGACUUCGUCCUGAAGAGGAGCGUCCAAGCCAGCUUGCAGUCCUAG